GACAAAGAAAACGGUUGCCCUGUCAGCUUAAAUUCCAACAAGGAACUAGAUUUACAAAAAAAUAAAAAAAAAUGCCCACUACGCCAACACAAUCCCUUUCUGGAAUUCAACAAAAAGAUGAUGCUCGUGUGAUUCCCAUGUCUCGUCGUGCUGAUGGCUCUGUUAGGAAAGAACGUAGAGUCCGCCCUGGAUAUGUCCCUCCUGAAGACGUUGCAAAAUAUUCCAACCGUGUUCUUGACGCCGCUCGUCCAUCUGCUGCACCAAACUCAUCAUUAUCAUCAUCAUCACCUCUUACUACUAUCUCUCCUGCUGCCGAGACUCCAAAGUCGAAAUCUCAGCUUAAAAACGAAAAGAGGAAAGCAAAACGUAAGGAAGAGCAGUCAUCACCAAUCAGUGCUUCUAACGUUUCAGUAUCAGACAGCCUAUCGGCAAGUCCACCAAAACAAGCGGGAGCAGAUCAAAUCGCUACUGAGGCAACUACCACAAGCAAUAGUACAGUACACGUGGUAGGCGUCACGACCACGACAGAAUCUUCUGUAUCAAUGGAUCCUGAAAAGAAACUGCGUGCUCUGAACAAAAAGUUAAGACAGGCUGAACAAUUGAAGGAGCGGAUGGAUAAGGGCGAAACGAUGUUGCCAGAGCAAUUGGAAAAGGUUUCAAAGAUGGAUGAACUACAGGCACAGAUCGCGGAGCUCUCGAUUUGACGGAAGGACUUAUUACAUUACAUAACAUAGAAUUGUAGCAUUUUUAUACAUUUUUAUAUAUAUUUACG